UUACUACUACAAAUCCUUUAGAAUUUUACCAUAGUGAGCUCAAAAGAAUUAUAUCAAAACAAUAUGAUCUUAUUAACGCUUGUAAUAAAAUUGUUGAGUUAGAAGAUAAAAAAAAGCUUGUUCAAACUUUAGAAGAAAAAGAAACAAAGGCACAUAGAUUACAUAUUGAUAAUAUUAUAGAAAAAAUAUAUGAUAGAUACCAGACAGCUGAAAAGAAGGAUAAUGAAAAUAUUAUUAAUGAAUUCAUUAGAUGUCUUAAUAUCUCAUUAAGCCAAAUUCUUGAUACACAAACUUCUAAUAUGCAAAAUUGA